GCGUUCCGCGGGCGCCCGCGACGCCCCGCCUCUGGCUUGGGUGCGGGAGCGGGGCCCGGCCGGGCUGCGACGCCGCCACAGCUCGGGGCCAGUCCACCCAGUCAGGGGGAUGGCUCGGGCGGCCGCUGGGGUCGACGGCCCCCCCGGUGGGCGACGUGCCCUGUCCAGGCCUCACUUCCCGCGUGCACAAAACGGGGAGGAGAACGCAGCCUAAAGCAGAGCCGAGCCAGGGUACCUCGCCGUCGCCGGGCUCUGGCGGCCUGACCAGGCCUGGGGUGCGAGCGCGGGCCCACGGGGGUCGCCGCGAUGGACUCGCUGGCAGCGCCCCAGGAUCGCCUGGUGGAGCAGCUGCUGUCGCCGCGGACCCAGGCCCAGAGGCGGCUCAAGGACAUUGACAAGCAGUACGUGGGCUUCGCCACACUGCCCAACCAGGUGCACCGAAAGUCCGUGAAGAAGGGCUUUGACUUCACUCUCAUGGUGGCUGGUGAGUCGGGCCUGGGGAAGUCCACACUGGUCCACAGCCUCUUCCUGACCGACUUGUACAAGGACCGGAAGCUGCUCAGUGCGGAGGAGCGCAUCAGCCAGACGGUGGAGAUUCUAAAACACACAGUGGACAUUGAAGAGAAAGGAGUCAAGCUGAAGCUCACCAUCGUGGACACGCCGGGAUUCGGGGAUGCCGUCAACAAUACCGAGUGCUGGAAGCCCAUCACCGACUACGUGGACCAGCAGUUUGAGCAGUACUUCCGCGAUGAGAGCGGCCUCAACCGAAAGAACAUCCAAGACAACCGAGUGCACUGCUGCCUGUACUUCAUCUCCCCCUUCGGGCAUGGGCUGCGGCCGGUGGAUGUGGGUUUCAUGAAGGCGUUGCAUGAGAAGGUCAACAUCGUCCCUCUCAUCGCCAAAGCUGACUGUCUCGUCCCGAGUGAGAUCCGGAAGCUGAAGGAGCGGAUCCGGGAGGAGAUUGACAAGUUCGGGAUCCAUGUAUACCAGUUCCCUGAGUGUGACUCGGACGAGGAUGAGGACUUCAAGCAGCAGGACCGGGAACUGAAGGAGAGCGCUCCCUUCGCUGUUAUAGGCAGCAACACGGUGGUGGAAGCCAAGGGGCAGCGGGUCCGGGGCCGACUGUACCCCUGGGGGAUCGUGGAGGUGGAGAACCAGGCGCACUGUGACUUCGUGAAGCUGCGCAACAUGCUCAUCCGCACGCACAUGCACGACCUCAAGGACGUGACGUGCGACGUGCACUACGAGAACUACCGCGCGCACUGCAUCCAGCAGAUGACCAGCAAACUGACCCAGGACAGCCGCAUGGAGAGCCCCAUCCCGAUCCUGCCGCUGCCCACCCCGGAUGCCGAGACUGAGAAGCUCAUCAGGAUGAAGGAUGAGGAGCUGAGGCGCAUGCAGGAGAUGCUGCAGAGAAUGAAGCAGCAGAUGCAGGACCAGUGACGCUCGCCGCGGACACGCCGUCCGUCUCCGGGACGCCCUCCUACCCCUGGAUCCUAGACCGGACUGUUCCCGACCCGGAGACGCGGGGCCACAGCCCCCAGCUGACCCUAAUUUAUUUUCAGCACCACCCCUCCCAGGCCUUUCGUUUCUGCUUCCAAGGGGCCUGGACCGUAGCCCCUCCCAGCUGGCCCUCUCUGGCUUUGGGGGAUCUGGAGCGAAGUUGGGCAGGACUUCAGAGAUCCGCCUCUCUUGCUUUUCCCUCGCCCCGGGAGGUCACAGCGCCCAAACUGCAGGCCCUGCUCUGGCAGGCAGGCAAACCAAGGCAGAAGAGGGAAAGCGAUUCCCAGGGUCCAGGGUCUGUUCUCUGCCCCAGAGCUGCAGAACGGACUUGGAAGCCCUCCUUUGCCUGCUCCCGCGGGUCACCCAGCAAGUGCUGAGACCCCAUUUUCCGUCGAGGCGGGCAGGGUCUUCCCUUAGCCUCGGAGCCCAGCGGGCAGGGUUGGGCUUAAUCAAAUGGGAACCCUCCAGACAUAAGGAGGUCAGAGGCUGUGAGGAGGGCGGGCGUGACCGCCCACACCCCUUCUCUACAGCCAGGCCCGACCUGGAGGGCCCCAGGGGCACUGGGCGGAGAGCCACCUCCUGGCAACUCUCGGUGCCGUCCACUGCCCUCGCCCGAGGCCUCUUCUUUCAGCACCACAGGCGUGUGCCGGGAUCCCGAGCCUCGGCCUCCCCAUCUUCCCACCCGCAUGAUCCUUUCCCGCCACACGAUGUUCCGUUUUGUUCCGUUGUGAAUGCCGCAUCCUGUCCUGGUGACAGGAGAACAAUAUUGGUGAACGUC